UCAUGAACCACGCCGCUUCAGUCAGUCUCCCUCUCUCUAUUUAAUCCCCAAUCUUCUUUCUUCCUCCUCUUCUCCUCUCUCUCUCUCUCUCUCUCUACAAUCUCAACCUCUGUAUCUCCCCAUACUCCGCCAGAUUCCGGUGGCCCCACUUCUCUCUUCGCCGUGUGUACACUCCGAUACAUCACCAUCCCAAUCGGUUCGGGCCACAGCUACCUGGAUCCGAUUUCAUCUAUCGAAUCUAAGCCUCUAACCUAACCCCCAAUCCCCACCCCAUCUCCUUCCAAUUCACAAAUAAUUAUUUUUCUUUUUCAAAUUUCCUUUUGUUUCUCUAAAAAGGCAUUUUUCUUCUUCUUUGUUUUCUUUGUGAAAUUACAUUUCUAACUCUACAAAUCCUCACUCUGGCGUUUUAAAAAAAGAGUCCUCCGGUACCUGAUUUGACGCAUUUGUCCCCCGGCAACGAAUCCCCACUUGACGGUUUUGCCCACUCUGGCUUUUUUCUAUUUCGAGGUUCGUUCGCUGACGUGGCAUGGAGUUUUAAAUUCACAUCUUUCAAAACUUACAGAUGAGUUUCCAACAAAGCCAUAGCCGUAGGAUCGUGCCACCUGGCCCAUCCAGAAAGCGAAAGGAGAGACAAGCCAAUGCCUCGUCCAACGGCUUUAAACAGCCGGCUCCAAAGGCUCCAACCUUAAGCCAAACGACAGCUCCGACUUUGUCGUCGAAUCGGCUGCUGGCGGGCUACAUGGCGUACGAGUAUUUAACGAAGGGCACGCUGUUCGGUCAGAAGUUCGACCCGGCUCGAGCCGAGGCGGUGCCGCUGACGAGCUCGGCACCCGAGCCGAGGGGGGGGUGGUCAGCGGAGCCGAGGAGGGGGAAGCCGGUCGAAGCCGGGAAAGUCGGGGCGGGCUCAGGUUCGGGUGUGGGUGCGGCGCAGGAGAGUUACGCUGAGGUGGCGAGCAUGUUGAAGACGGAUGGGGCCCACAUUCCGGGCAUUGUGAACCCGACGCAACUGGCGAAGUGGAUUCAGAUGUGACAACAGGGAUAUAUAUAACGGGCCUUGUAUUGUUGCGUAAGUUGGGGACGUGGCGCUUGGUGAUUGGCUGGAUGGUUUUGGUCCACGUCAGCUAGUUGGCGUAGUAGUUGAUAGUAAAUAGAAGCGGCUGAGUUUCUGAUUCAAAACGAAGCGCAGGAUUUCGUGAACAGUGAGAGAGUAAGCGAGUGUGAGAGAGUGUGAAGGCGGCGAGUGAGAUCAAAACCAUUUCUCUCUCUCUCUCCCUCUCUCUCUCUUCUGUUUGUGAUGACGAUAAUGUCUGCGUUCUAUGUUUUGUUGUAUUUAUUUGUAGGAGUAUGACGAAGAAGAAGAAGACGAAGAAGAAAUUAAGAGAGAGAUGACAGAAUGCAUGUCUGCUGUGUGAAGAUCGGAGCCAUUUGAAAUUCCGGUGCUUAAUCUGUUGUUCUUGUUGAUUAGCUUAUUUAAUCUAUAUAUUUAAAGUCGAUUUUCGACAAUUAUAUAUCUGUGUUUGUGAGUUCUUUGUUUUGCAUAUAUCGUUGCAUGCAUGCUUGCUUGAUGUGGGUACGUAUGUAUAAUGUAUACAAAUACACUUGGGCAUCGGGUAAGUUGUUAGGUUGUUGUGGUGGCAGAUUAGUCAGAUUUAUUACAGUUGCUCCUGCCAUUAAGCUUCUAGGCUUUCUGGUAUAACUUAAGGUUUUCAGGUCCUGGGUUGGACUUGCGUAGAAGGAAAUAUCAGUAACACCCGUAACUCGAAUUAUGCGACAAAUAGUCAUCGUAAUCGUAUAAUGAGCAAUGCUAAACAUACCACAUUUUUGUACAUUUUGUGUACAAUCUCUCUAAUAAAGGUGGUAUAUAAUUAAAGCAUUGGACGGAUUAUUUUGUA